AUGGGUUCGAUCUCAGAGCCACUGCCACAGUUGGCCGAAACAUGGGACCUUACUCAAAAAGCGCCCACCAAGAACCUCAGCGCUCUUUUGCUUGAAGUGGCUGAGAAGUACCCAGGUCACACCGCAUUAAAGUGUCUUCGGCAGCAAACACCCACAUCUGCUGAUAGCCCAUCCUGGACUUUCGAUCAGUUGAACAAGGAAAGUCUCAAGCUUGCAAGCCUCCUCUCUUCAAAGGGGGUCAGAUCCGGCAGCUAUGUUGUGGCAAUUCUUCUCAACGAGUUCGAAUGGGCACUUUUCUUCUGGGCCACUGCUCAUUUGGGUUGUCAGUUCGUCGCUCUAGAUCCCCGAGCCUUCUCUCGUCAAGAAGAUGCCAGAUUUCUGUUGGCAAAGACUCCAGCAAGUGCAAUUGUUGCCUCCAACAAGACCUUAGCAUCCAUUGCCGCGGACGCUCUUUCACACCACAAUGUGAAUCCUGUCGUUCGCUGUAUUACUGGUCAGCCCGAAGAUAUGGCCCUUCCUUCUGGAUGGGAGGCUCUAGAAGAUUUGCUGCAGUCACCAAUGAGUGAUUUUGUACCAAAAUCCUUGGGCAGUCCGAAUGAUCCUGCUAUCGUCUUCUUCACCAGUGGUACAAGCGGAUCUCCCAAAGCCUGUCCACAAACCUCUGUCAACAUAGCCUCAGCUGGUCUUGGGUUCGCAAAGAGACUAGAGCUCAACUCGAGUCACACUGUUUGCCAGCAUUUACCGAGCUUCCAUGUCUUCAGUGUGGCUAUGACCAUGGCAGUCUGGCUGGUGGGAGGAAGUAUUGUUUUCCCCAGCCCCACUUUCGAUCCAAACAGCAGUAUAGUGGCGGUUGAACAAGGUCAGAACGUGGUUCUUCCUUGUGUGCCAUUGAUGCUCAAGGCGAUUGUGAAUGUGAAACCCGCAUCAACGCAAUUCAAGUCCCUGGACUCGGUCAUUCUAGGCGGUGCGCCGAUCUUCCCAGAGGCUCUGGAGAUGAGCAAGUCGCUGGGACCCAAGAGAGUUAUCCCAGGAUUCGGGAUGACUGAAGGUGUCAUUACGCUUCUCAAUGUGAUGGAAGCGGGCAAAGCUCGUCCAUCAAUUACUGGGGAAGUUUCUAUUGGAACUGUCGCUUCGGGCUCUUGUAUUCGCAUUUGCGCUCCGGGUACUCGUCAAAUUCUACGACGCGGAGAGAUUGGCGAACUUCACCAAGGAGGCCUCCCCGUGUUUGGUGGCUAUCUUGGUCUUGAUGAUGAGUCGGCUUAUCAAGAAGAUGGUGUCAAUUUCCUGGCCAGUGGAGACCAGGCAUAUAUGGAUGAUCUGGGUAAUAUCUACAUGAUGGGAAGAUACAAGGAUAUUAUCAUUCGUGGUGGUGAGAACAUCUCGCCUGCAAAAAUUGAGAAUUGGUUACAAGAAAAGAGAGGGAUUUCGGCUCAAGUGGUAGGAAUUCCUGAUGAUUUAGCCGGAGAGGUCCCAGUUGCCAUCGUACAGAACUUCACAACAACCAAGGCUUCCCUCGAGGAGCUGCAUGCAACUAUUGUUUCGGAACUCGGUGCUGGAUUUGCGCCCUCCAUGCUCCUGCACCUCCAAAGCGAUCUUGGUCAAGAAUCAUUUCCCACCACUGCUUCGGGAAAGAUCCAAAAAGCCAUAGUCCGACAGUGGACUUUGAAUUAUAUGAAGAACUCCAAGCCGGCUGAGCUGAGUUCCGGUAACGGCACCGUCGAAUCCCAACUGGCGGUCUUCUGGGCCACUUUGUCCGGCCGAAGUGAAACUUCCAUCCAAUACGAUGUUUCUGUGCAUACCUUUGCGGAUAGCAUGAUGCUGAUUCAGUUCUGCUCGCUGGUUGCUGAUAAGAUGCGAAAGAAACUCACCGUCAGGGAGGUUUUCGAUGCAAAGACGAUCAAUUGCCAAGCGGAAAUUCUGAGAGGAAGACCGGAGAUGAACGUCACCAAUAAUAUCAUCAAGGCCCAAGGCCAUUCAGAGGAAACCCUUCUUCCCAUCCUGCAACACUCCCAGGCUGGUCAAAACCGGUUGGCAUCUAUCAAAGAGCAUACAACAGCGCAACUGACCGCCAUGGGCGUACAGUGGAGCGAUGUUGAAGAUGUUCUUCCUAUGACUGACAGCAUGACCGUAAUGUCCCGAGGAGCGCGACUGAAUUCUUACAAUCAUCGGCAUUCCCUCGUGGUUAACUCGACUAAUAUUCCUGAUUUGCGACGCGUCCUUCGAACAUGGCUCGGGCGUCAUCCUCUCCUCCGUUCGACUGUUGGCACCGAUGGAUCGGAAGUCGAUUUCCACUUGAUCAUGUCGCCUACAGAUGCGUGGUUCCAUAAUCAGCUCUUGGAUGGCGAAAUGAUUGACCGCGCUGAAGAUCUUACGACUUACAGAAUGAAUGAUCGAGAAUGGGACUAUGUUUGUCCCACAGGGCCCAUGACCAAGGCUACUCUUUUCCCCAUUCGAGAUUCUUCCGAUGUUGGAAUCGUAUUCCAUUUCCAUCAUGCUAUCUUUGACGGAUUAAUUCUCAAACGGUGGUACCUCGAUUUGGAGUAUCUUUUGAGUGGUCAAACAUCUCCUCUCAGCUUCUGCCCAUACCAAGAAUUUACCGGUGCAUUCUAUCUCAAUCGUCAUGGGCCUUCGGCAGAAGAGGGUGUCGAUUUCCAUGUUCAAAGAUUACGGGGUAUUAGCUCCAGCAGCCAAAACUUAUGGCCUGUGCAAAGAGCUCCCAUGUGGAUGAAGGGUAACGACUGGGACUGGAAACAUGAGAAUGGUGAAAUGGGCAGACCUGGGGAGCGAGUCUUGCUCGACGGCGAUGAAGCAAUCGGGACUUGCGGAAUGAAUAGAUCAACCCCCGUGCCAAACAUGCGGAAACUACGAGAGGAAUUCUCCAUAGCACCACCUAUCAUCGCCAAAGCGGCAUGUGCUCUGUUCAACUUGCAUACCAUGAACUGCGACGAGGCCGUCUUUGCCAGCGUUGAAUCGGGUCGCUCAUGGCCGUUCAUAGACGCCGAGAGCGAGCCUAACUCCAAUCCGUUGACUAUUGACGGCCCCACUAUGAACGAGACUAUUAAUCGCAUCCGGGUUGCUCCCGGAGAGACAGUGCACCAGUUCCUGGAUCGUCUACAGGAGGAUCAACUCUUAAUUGACAUGUACUCGCACGCACCUGUGGCAUCUAUUCAUGAACGUCUCGCCGUGUCAGAUGUUAUCGUGGAUGGCGAAGGAAAAGGCCAGCUCAGCGAUGGUUCUGCCGACGCCAAAACUUUCCUAAGCUGCCUACCACGUCAGAUCUUCGAUUGGCUUCCUCCUGUGCGACCACUUGAGCAGGCAGGAAAUAUCGAGCCGCGCGUGCGAGCUCUCGAGAUCCUUGGUCGUACUGAUCUAGGGAUUGUGUGGUUUCCCUCUUUGAUUGAUGAUAAUGUUCUGAAUCUUGACGCAACCUGGGAUGAUGCUCAACUCCGAUCUAGUGAGGUUUAUAAAGCGAUGUCGGAAUUUAUGUACGCUAUUGUGUGGUUGUCGGACCCAUCGAACCUGAAUCGGCCCGUUGUGGAGUGCGAGUUUGAUAUCCCUGGAUAUGAUAUUACUGAUAUCGAACCAUGGGGGAAUCGUCAUCGAUAA